AUGGCACAAAGUGAUAUUAUCUUCAUUCAAGGAAUCCAAGAUAGCGAGGAAAAGUUACAUACAAACCUACUGGACAGUCUGAAUACUUAUUAUGAGGGAACUAGUGGAAUAAGCAACGCUUAUAGUGUCGUCGCUAGUCAAAGACUAGGGACAUCUACACUAGAGCAAUACGCUUAUUAUUACAGGAAUGACAAGGUGAAACUCGUGCAUCACUACCUGUACAACGACGCAGGCAAUGACUACCCGUACGACCCCAUGGUAGCCUACUUCUCUCCUAUAAAUGGCAUAGGAUUACAUGGUGACAUGCAAGACUUCUUCAUAAUCGGAGCUCGAACUAGAGCAAGUAGCGCCACUAGAAGCAUGACAGACAAACUAGUGGAUGUCCACGCUGACGCUCUCACAAAGUUCCCGCUCGUGACCAACGGAAUCAUACUGGGUGACUUGUUCGCCGACUGCUCAUACAUCUGCGCUAGCUGCUUCGACGCCAUACGGCUGUGGACGGAUGAACAGUACACCUGGAUUAUCGACGCCGACACGACGACCACCGCUAGUGACUGCGCAUUUGACAGGCUUGUGGUUACUGGAAAUCAGAUGAAGACACAGACUAUCGCAGCCGUAGUUGACUUCAAGAUGAUGUAUAACCUCAACGAUUCGAUGGCGCGUAGUGUCAGUACGCAUUUUCCCGUCACAAUGCCCAUCUGUGAGUCAAACCAGGUUUAGUUGAAGAUAGAGAAAAAACAAGCGACAUAACUUUGCGCGUCGCGACAAUCGCCAGUUUGCUAUCGCACCCGAUCAUUACAAAAACGGGAUCACGAAAUAGAACAUGAUAGAAAUGAAAAUAUUUCAUUCUUACUGUAUUACUUAUGAAGCGAUAACGAACGUAUGGUUUCUCGUGGAAUGACUUAUCAGUAAAACUAUCAUUAAUUAAAUUAUUUUAAUAAGGAUUUACUAAUCAAUUUAAUUAUUAAAAUAAUUAUUAUGUAACAGCUAAUUAUAUUGGCUCCCAGGUUCUGCGAAGGUGACCUCAAGAGACGUGCCAUCGCUUGCACGUGGGCUAGCAAUCUUAGUGCACCGUGGCUCAUUCCGCAUACUGCAAUGGCUUUUAGGGCUAAUAUAGGCUUAUUAUACGCUAUUUGCUGCAACGUGUUAAGUAGUAAUGCAGACAUGCGAGUAAGGAUAAUGGGCGCGGAACGUUUAUAUGUAGUUGUGCAU